AGCGGCAGGUGGACAAGCGAGCUGUGUGGGGGGAGUUGAUUGCCGGAAGUGCUCCCAGCAUCACAGAUCCGUGGUGCUGAGAGGUGGUUCCAGAAGGAGUAGCCCCUGCGCCUGCGGUCUGGAGGAGAGACCGGGCCCUCCUCUGGUGCGCUCCGGGCUAGGCCGAGCCGGGCCCGCCGUGUGACUCGGGUCUCCACGGGCCCCGCACCAGCCAGGGGGCGCGUCCUGCUGCAGACGGGGGGCGAGUCGCGCCCCUCCUGCCCCCAAGCAGACCCCGGGGGUUGGGGUGCGCGGAGGCGGCGCGUGGCAGCCCCGGGCCCGUUCCCCCGCGCGGUGUCGGGGGCGCGGCCGCCACCCAGACUACAUUUCCCGGCAGGCCGCGGGAGCAGGCGCUCGGCCCUCAGCCUGUACCCGGACUCGCUUCCGGGUUACGCCCCGGUAGUGACGCAGGCUCGGAGCCUGUCGGAACUCGGCUUGGAUUUUUCCCGCGAAAAGGUCGCGGGCCGGGGCUGGGCGCGCGCUUCCAGCUGGAACUGCAAUGGAGGGGCUCUGAGGGUGUGUGCUGGACCACACUGUGACUGCUUUCUCUCCUCCCUCCCCUGCACACCUUCAAGAUGCAGCGCUCCAUUAUCAUUUUGCUGUCCUCUUCACCAUGUGGUGCAGGCAUUGAGCAUGCCAGGACUUUGCCUGAUGGGGCAGCACCACAGAAAGUUAGAGAGGAAUCCCAAAAUUCCAGUCAUGCCGUGUGCAUACCACUGCCCUGCAGGGUUCAAACACGAUGUGGAGCUUGCAUAAGGUCAUUUUUCCAGCCUGUGAAGGGAGCAAAGGCAGAGGAGAGCAGACCUCUAGAAGAUGAGCAUGCGACUAAAAAGAUGCCAGAGAAGGCUGAGAAGCAGAGCAAUGGUCUUGGUCACUGUGCAAACUCUCCAGUGAAGCCUAUAGGCAAGAGGUCCUUGCGCCGAAUCAUUGAGAGUGACAGUGAAGAGGAGGAGCCUGAGCCAGCAGUCAUAGCGGAGGAGGGGCAGAUGCAGGUUGAGACUCCUAAGAAAGCCAGCAGCAAGCAGUUUGUCUUUCAGGAGCUGGUGCACCCUGCUCAGUCUGAGCUCUCUGCAGACAGCCCGUCACCAAGCAGCAGCCAGUCUGCUAAAAACAGUUCUGAUGGGACUGACACCACCCACUCUGACAUCCCCAGGCGCAGGACUGCUCGCAAGCAGAUGCCCAGAAGCAAAAUAGAGAUGGCGACAAGCAGAGAGAAUGGCCACCCCAAAGAACCAGUCGCCAAAAGAUUGAGAGAAGAGCCAGACCCAAAAGAUGAGACUGGUGAGAGAGCAAAGGUUGCAGCAGAGUCUAUGGAGAUGCAAGAGGUGAAAGGGCAGAGUUCAGAGGAAGAGUUAACCAAGGGUAAGGGCACCUCAGGGGAAGCAGCUGGUAACAAGGACAAAAUUGACAAAACUGGAGGAGAAGCAGCAGCCCAGAAGAAAUCUGAGCCUUCCAAGCCCAGCAGAGCCAUCUCCAACUUCUUUGCCCCCAGGAAGGCACCAUUGGCAAAGACAGAGACAGGAGAAGCUAGUGCAGCCACCACAACGGAUAAGUCUUCUGUCCUGAAGGGCUCUGCUGCAGCAAGUGGCAAGCAGGGCAACCAGAUGAAUACCAGUUCUUCUGAGGCUGCUGUGCUGCUGGAUCCUGUGGAGUACAAUCCUUCGAAGAGCAGCUACCACCCUGUCCAGGAUGCCUGCUGGGGUCCUGGGCAGAGGGUCCCCUACCUGGCGGUAGCUCGUACCUUUGAGAGAAUUGAGGAGGUGUCUGCCCGACUGAAGAACAUUGAGACUCUGAGCAACCUCUUCCGAUCGGUCAUCGCCUUGUCCCCAUGUGACCUGCUGCCCUGCAUCUACCUCUGCCUGAACCACUUGGGCCCAGCCUAUGAGGGGCUAGAACUGGGCAUUGGCGAGAGCAUCCUUAUGAAAGCUGUUGCACAAGCUACAGGUCGACAGUUGGAUAAGAUCAAGGCUGAGGCCCAGGAGAAGGGUGACCUGGGUCUGGUGGCAGAGAGCAGCCGCAGCAACCAACGCACUAUGUUCGCACCACCCAAGCUGAGUGCCAUUGGGGUCUUUAACAAGUUCCAGGAAAUCGCUAGGAUGACAGGCAGUGCUUCUAUGAACAAGAAGAUUGACAUCAUCAAGGGGUUGUUUGUUGCCUGUCGGCACUCAGAAGCCCGCUACGUAGCUAGAUCACUGAGCGGGAAGCUCCGGAUCGGGUUGGCAGAGCAGUCAGUGUUGUCAGCCAUUGCUCAUGCUGUGUCUCUCACUCCCCCAGGACAAAGCUGCCCUCCAGAGGUGCUGGAUGCAAGCCAGGGCAAGUCUGCAGACGUACGCAAAACCUGGCUGGAGGAGCAGGCCCAGAUUCUCAAACAGAUCUUCUGUGAGCUGCCAAACUAUGACAUCAUUGUUCCUGUCCUGUUAGAGCAUGGAAUGGAGAGCCUGCCACAGUACUGCAAGAUCACCCCAGGGAUCCCACUGAAGCCCAUGCUGGCCCAGCCCACCAAGGGCAUAGGGGAGGUACUGAAGCGCUUUGAGGAGGCUGCCUUCACUUGCGAGUACAAGUAUGAUGGGGAGCGAGCCCAGAUCCACAUACUAGAGAAUGGGGAUGUGUACAUCUACAGCCGCAACCAAGAGAAUAAUACCUCCAAGUACCCUGAUAUUGUCAGCAGGAUCCCCAAGGUGAAGAAAGACAGCGUGCAGUCAUGUAUCCUGGACACAGAGGCUGUGGCCUGGGACCCUGAGAAGAAGCAGAUCCAGCCGUUCCAGGUGUUGACUACCCGGAAGCGGAAAGAUGUGGAAGCUGCUGAGAUCAAAGUGCAGGUGUGUCUGUAUGCCUUCGACAUGCUGUACCUCAAUGGAGAGUCCCUGGUGAAGCAGCCCUUCUCCAGGCGCCGGCAGCUGCUGCAUGAGUUGUUUGUGGAGACAGAGGGGGAGUUCCUGUUUGCCACUUCCAUGGACACAUGCAAUACAGAUGAGAUCUCGGAGUUCCUUGACCAGUCCAUCAAAGACUCCUGUGAGGGGCUCAUGGUCAAGACCCUGGACGUGGAUGCCACAUAUGAGAUUGCCAAGAGAUCCCAUAAAUGGCUGAAGUUGAAGAAGGAUUACCUGGAGGGUGUUGGAGACACACUGGACUUGGUGGUGAUUGGUGCCUACUUAGGGAAAGGCAAGCGUGUGGGCAUGUAUGGAGGCUUCCUGCUGGCCUGCUAUGAUGAGGAGAGUGAGGAGUACCAGAGCAUCUGCAAGAUAGGAACUGGCUUCAGUGAAGAGACCCUGGAGAAGCAUUACAGUUUUCUUAAGGACCUUGUAUUGGAGAAGCCAAGAGCUUAUUACCGCUGGGACAGCAGUGCAGAGCCUGACCACUGGCUAGAUGCAGUGCAGGUGUGGGAGGUGAAGUGUGCUGACCUGUCCAUCUCGCCUGUGCAUAAGGCAGCUAUUGGCCUGGUAGAUGAGGAGAAAGGUAUCUCCUUGCGCUUUCCCCGCUUUCUGCGUGUUCGUGAUGACAAGACGGCUGAGGAAGCCACUACCAGCACCCAGGUAGCUGAACUCUACAAGAAGCAGCAGCAGAUUCAAAACCAGCAGCUGGCAGGGAGGGGUGAGGGAGAAGACGACUUCUAUUAACACUGCGGUACAGCUGCAGUGAGGAGAAGCAAACUCCAAUGGCCCUUGCAACUACAGCUGGGCAUGGGACAGUACCUAGAGCCAGUGCUUUCCCUUUUUCCUUACUAGAGGUACUGGAGCACUGAGCCACGGGGGUGGAGGGGGCUUGUUGGCAUCAUUUGUUUGGUUGCAAGGAACACCAUCACUUACAAUAAAAUACUCUCUUUCCUUGUCA